AUGGCACCUCUCGCCCUCCUUCUCGCGGCGCUCAUCGCCCCCCUGGCCCUCGCGGUGCCUACCCCAGGCAACACCUACGGCUCCGGCGGUUCCGCCCCUGCAGGUUGGGAUGCCUCGGUCGAAAACUUCUGCACCGUUCCCGAUGUCCUUCAGUGCUGCAACGGUACCACCAUCGCCGGUGUGGCCGGAGAGCCGACCGGUACCCACACCGGCUGUAUCAAUGCCAUGGCAGGCGGGCAGAUUACCUACGAGUUCGGCUACUGCCCCUAUGAUUAUGCGCCUCAAUGCUGCGCUGUUACCGUUACCGCUGGUAUCGAGACUGGCUGCGGCCUUCCGACUCAGGUCUACGAGCCAACCAGUCGACGACUCUAG